AUGGCGACAGCUAAUGGGACCGCAACUCACCUUACAGCAGGGCCGAUGGUGUCUUCUACACCGAUAACAGCUGAAGAGACUCAAGAAUAUGAGAGGAUUUUGAAACUUAGCGAGGAGAUCUUCUCUGGAUCACACCCGCGCCUAAAAGUCCCCCAGAAGUUUGUCCGCAAGCCCAAGACUCAACCAGGCCAAGAUAGCCCGUUGGUUCAGCAGGCAGUGAAAAAUCAACCUUCGGUUACAGAACCCGCCCCUCAAUCGGAAAUAUCGCACAACCCCCAUAAUACCAAAGCACAAGCAUCCGCGUCUGAUAUGACAUCGAUUCCUUCUCCCAAGAAUGCACAACCGAUGGCGUGUGUUGCGUCCAAGCCCGCGUCUGAGAUCGAUCCCAUAUUCUUGACCAAGUCAGAUGAUCUGGUGAGGGCAGAACUACAAUUACAACGUCAGCGAGUGGAAAGAACACUGCGUGAUCAAUUGGAACACAAAAAGCAGGAUUCAAAGCAGAAGCCCGCUACCCAGGAUACAAAACCUGAAUUUGAUGUGUCGGAUGUGUUCAGCAGGGCGCUGACAAUUGUGAAACCUGGCCCGAUUAAUGACCCACCUGAGAUCAACGCGCCAGACUCCUUUGAUGAGAAUUCCUAUUACUCCAGUAAAGCGCCUGAUUCGCCGCCUCCUAUGGGUGAACACCAAGAACAAUCUCCAGUCAUGCCGACUGGUCCAGCCAAUGUCUCUAAAGCGGCUCCAGUAGAGCAUUACUCAGUUGAGUUGCAGCGGCUUGAAGCUUUGAACAGACCUGCAUCUGAUCAGGAAAUGCGAGAUGCUUACCCUGUUGCUGACCAGCACAUACCCCCUCCCCAGAAAAAGCUGCAUCCCAGUCAACCGGAGACAACCCGUCGUUUCCAUGAAGCUCAGCAGACUGUUGUUGUGGAAGAGCCGGAAUACUCCCCACCCGCCCCAGUUGCACCUUCGAUUGACCAAAGAGCUUAUGAGCAAGUACCUGCGACCGACGAAAGCCGGCCUAAAUACGUUGAGCCAUCACAGGAUGUGCAGGAACGAUCUGGAAACAAUCUCACAGUAGUCCGAAACCAUAUCACAUCUCCAGCAGCUCCUCGUCCGUCCCGCGUUUCGCCUCUUGCAACUGCCAAGGUUCCUGCAGUUCAACAAAUUCGAGGUGAUCAGUUCGACCAAGGGGUAGAUAGAUUCUACUCCGAUCCGGAGUCCGGUCGUGCUAGUCCCAAUGCCCCAGUUCCGCAAAUCAUGUCUCGCAAGCGAAGAAGGGUUCAGGAGAAGGGACAAGAUGUUCGUGUGUCAUACAAGAGGCAGAAUGCUGAUCCCUCUGGUCCUUACAUCAAGGAAGAGCCGGUUUCCCCACCACCAUUCACUGAUGACCCUGCUGUUGUGCGAACCCGACAGCCUGUGUAUAUCGAAAUUGACUCCCCUCAGUACACAGCAAAUGUGGAGCGACGUGAGCCAACCAAUGCUGCACCUAUGUAUGAACUGGAUCCAUACCAUGAGAUCUCUACCGAUCAAGGACCUGCAAGGACAGUUUCCCGAGUGGAGGCUGGACGUUUGGUUCGUGACGAUGCCGAUCUCAGACGAGUUGCUAGUUUACAGUAUGGUCGACAGCCUGAAUACCGCGAAGAAGAGUACAUUGGACAUGACCCUCAUGUUGCCAGGUCUGCUUCUUAUGCUGUUGUGGAGAGACGGUUACCGGAACAGCAUAGAUACUACGAAGAUGUUCCUUCUUAUGGACCACGGUACAUUCAAGUUGAAGAUGAUGCACCACAACCAGCCUACCGAAGCCAGUACUAUGAAGAGCCUCAACCCGCACGAGCCAUGCCACCUCCCCCUCAACGCCGAUAUGUUGUCGAUGAACAUGGAAAUGAACCAGCUUCUCGAGCUCCCGCUCCUCAGGGCGAAGUCUACGACGACAGACCUCCUGCUCGCCCCGCCAGUGUUCGUGCACCUUCGGUUGUUCAUCAAGACCCAUAUGUUGAGCGUCGCUACAUACAAGAGAUGCCACCUCCCCAGCCUGUUUACAGACGUGUCACAUCCAACUAUGCUCGCCCUGCUGCUAGCGAUAGACAGGUGUAUGUCACUCCUGCAGAGGCUCAUGAACCUUACCCUCGUGCAGGCAGCGUACAAGUUGCCGAAUAUCUUCCCCGUCGCCAAACCUAUGUAGAAGAGCAUGCAAUCCCUCAAGAGAGAGUGAUUCGGACUGCUAGUGUGCGUCCACAACAACCACAACAUCGAUAUGAAGAGCCCCAUGAUGUCAUCCAACGUGUUGGUAGCACCCGUCCUGCUGGUCCUGCUGGGCCUGCUCGUGAAGUCAGCGUGUACCUGGAGGAGAGACCUAUUGGUGACUAUGUUGAGCGGCCAUAUUAUGUCCGUGAGCGACGAUAUUACGACGAGGAGAAUCGUAUGGCGUUGGAUGGGACGGCGGAGUCUGUGCAUCGUGUUUCUCAGCAUUACUAA